AUGGCCCAACGAGAAGUAAUCUUGAUCACAGGUGCAAAUACCGGCAUCGGCUUCCAGAUCGUGAGGGCGCUUUGCGGCUCUGACAGAGCAUACAACAUUAUCCUCGGAAGCCGUUCACUCGCCAAGGUCGAAGAAGCUAUCAGCUCUGCCGUGGCAGAGUUUCCGUCUUCUCGUAGCAUCCUAACUCCACUCCAGGUCGACAUCGAGCACGGUGACUCGAUCAAAAAAGCCUUCGACGAAGUUCAAUCCAAAUUCGGAAGACUCGAUGCGUUGGUCAACAAUGCCGGUGCGCAAAUCGACCAACAGGUCGCCGCCGGACGAAUGACAGAGCGCGAGAUGUGGAAUCAAUCCUGGAACAUCAACACUGUCGGGACGCAAAUCAUGACCUCGACCUUCAUCCCCCUGCUCUUUCAAACCCCCAACCCACGCCUCCUCUUCAUCACUUCCGGAACCUCCAGUCUCGCAGGGACAGAAAACGUGGCCUUAUUCGUGAACAGAUACUCCCCCAAGGGCUGGCCAAAGGGCAACUUCGAUGGGAAGAGUUUUGAAAUUCCCGCAUACCGCAGCAGCAAGACGGGCAUGAACAUGAUGAUGCGGGAAUGGCACCGCAUGCUCCAUGAAGAUGGGGUCAAGGUGUGGUGUAUCUCGCCAGGUUUUCUUGCCACCGGCCUAGGUGGAGGUGCCGAUUUUAACAGAGAGAUGGGAGCUGGGGAUCCGUCGGUGGCGGGAAGUCUUAUCAAGAGUGUUUUGGAGGGCAGCAGAGACGAUGAUGUGGGCAAAAUUGUUCUGAAAGAUGGUGUGCAGCCGUGGUGA